UGUCAGUGCAGUGUGUUCUUCUAAUUCUAUGUCGUCACAAUAGACGUGCCCCCAGCUGUGCCGGAACAAGUUUGCAUAAAUUAUGUUGAUUAGGUAAACAGGUGGCCAGCAUGGCAAGAUGGCGGACCCUCCAAACUCCGAGUUCUCGACAACAGACAUGGAAGAAGACGAGGACAGCGACUUGGAGGAAGGUUUGCAGGAGUUGCCGCUGCGGAGGAGGGAGAGUGCGCGGUCCUACAACAGUUCGGGGUCCGAUUGGAGCCUGAGCACGGUCCGGAGUAACUUCGGGGAAUGGCUUCUGCGGGAGGAAAGUGACGACAGAGGGGGAGGGCUGCGGGGGUUGCUAGACCAGGACCGCCCGUCCCUGAUCGACGGGCUGCUAUGCGAGCUGUACGAUCGGGUCCCGUACGGGCUGGGACGGGACAGUCUGGACAGCGACACGUACACGGAGUACUCGUCCACGUCCGAGGUGCACUGUGCCGGGACACGCUCCGAACAGGAGUUAGAGCCCUCCCACCUCACGUACACGUCACGGGUGCAGAGUGCUUGUCUACGAGAAAAGGAAGUGAAGGAGCUGCGUCAGAUGGUUGAGGAGCUGAGCAGGCGGACCAACAUGAUCUCCCAGAAACUGGUCCGUCAGCUGAAGAGGCGGGACCGCAGGAAGAGCAAACUGCAGAAGAACUGCGACAUCCUGACGGCCAUCCUACAGGCUGUGUCUGAAAAGAGAAGAAUUGACACAAGAAUGAAGUUCAGCAUAGAGCCCAUGCCUGGCAAGAAAGGCUUCAGACAGUGGUUUGAUGCCAUGAAGGCUGUUGUGCGUCUCCCCCAUGGCCUUCCCAGCGAGUGGCGGAAAAGGGUGUGGCUGUGUCUGGCUGAUAAGCACAUCCAGAACCUGCAGCUGGACUGGGACAAGAUGUGUCGACUGGCCUUCAACGAGCGCAGCAACCCUGACGACGAUAAACUCGGCGUUCAAAUUGUCAAGGACCUCCACAGAACGGGGUGCAGUGGAUUCUGUGCAGAGCAGGACAGGGUGGUGCUGAAGAGAGUCCUGCUGGCCUACGCUCGCUGGAACAAGUCUGUGGGGUACUGCCAGGGGUUCAACGUCCUCGCUGCUCUCAUCCUGGAGGUCGUGGAGAGGGUGGAGGAGGAUGCUCUCAAGGUGAUGAUCUACCUGAUUGACUACGUGCUGCCGGAUAGCUUCUUUGCCAACAACCUGCGUGCCUUGUCUGUGGAUAUGGCAGUGUUCAGGGAGCUGCUCAGGAUACGGCUGCCUGACCUAUCUAAACAUCUGGAUGACUUACAGAAAAGGGCCAACUCUAACCCUCAAGGGAACUAUGAGCCUCCCCUGACCAACGUGUUUGUGAUGCAAUGGUUCCUGACUCUGUUUGCAACCUGCCUGCCCAAGUCUACAGUGCUCAGGGUGUGGGACUCUGUCUUCUUCGAGGGGUCGGAGAUUCUGCUGAGGACAGCCCUGGCUAUCUGGGCCAAACUGGGAGACCGCCUGAGGGACCUGGACUCUGCAGACCAGUUCUACGGCACCAUGGCCAUGUUGUGUCAGGAGAUGCUCAUGAUGAACCUCAUCGACCCCAAUGAACUUGUGCAGACUGUGUACAGUUUGGCGCCGUUUCCCUUCCCCGGUUUGGACGAACUGCGAGAGAAGUACACUUACAACAUCACACCGUUCUCCCCGCUGGGUACAGACAAGGCCAAGAAGGCCAUGAAGAUGGCCACUAACAGUGAUGAGGAGGUGGAACUGGACGAGGAUGAUCUAGCCAUGGCUAUUGGCUGCUUUGGAGGGAUCUUCCCUCCAGAAACUUCACCCAAGAAAAAGGAGGGAGAACAGAAGCCAGUGAGCGACAUGCGGGAGGUGAGCCCGGGAGCGUACUCGAGCCGUACGGAGCAUAUCGAGAUGACCCGCACGGCUCUGAUGGAGCGAAUGUCCACUGAUAUCACUGCGCUCAAGAAGCAGUACAUGCGUAUCCGCCAGAAGCAACAGAGAACACACCUCAUCUAUCCAAAACAGGGUAACGAAAACAAAAGUACAAGCACCCAUAAGUUCUCAGCCACUGCCAGGGACACACCCAUUGCCAUGAACCACCUGUACGUGGCCAGGAAGAUCGCCAGCAUCCAGGGGAAGACCAAGAGAAUAAAGGGGCCUGAGAUCCGCCCUGCUCCCCAGAAAGGGAGACAUCCGACCGAUGGCAGGAGGGAGGGCGUUAAAAAGGAGUCUGGGAACGAAGACUCCAGCGGCGGUGUCGAAAUCCAGAUCCAGUGGACGUCCUCAAUGGGAAGGUCAACGACUGAGCGUAGGAGCUCGGAGCACAGCGUGGAAUCCAGCGUGGGAAGCGAAGGGUCGGAAAACACGGGGUCCAAGGAGCGGGAGUCGGUGGACAGCAGGGAAGGGAGCGUGAUGUCCGACAGGACCGGUAUGGAGGAGAUACAGGAGGAAGGGAAAGAGAGCGAGGUGUGCGACACCUCCGACAGCGAACCUGAACUGAAAUCUGUGCCAGACCGAGAGCAAAACAACACCGUGGAGCAAAACAACACCGUCCUCUCGCCAAUCCAACCAUCCAGCGAGGACGAGACUCAUGACUUUAUGGCCAGGGAAGUGGGCUCAGCAUGCGACAGCUCCAGCGAAAAUGACAGCACCGUGCCAACAGAAACGUGGAAACCUUUGAACACUGGGGAAACCGACGUCAGCUCCGCUGACACCAACAAGAAGAAGCAGCGUCCGACUGACCUUGACCUUGAAGCCAUCAGUAACUUCUCACCCAAAGACCCCUCCCCCUCCAGUACGUCUUCCAAUGAGAACCAGAGGCCUUCCAGUCCGACCAUUCCGGGAAUCAAGUCAACAAAGGCGCGGCCUGACAGCGCGGGAACGAAUACAGCCAAGUUCUAUCCCUUCCCGCGACCCAAACAGUUCAAGACGGCCAAGACAAAGAACGGCGUACAGUUGAGCUUGUACAAACAGACAGCGGAGAAUGAGACUGUCACCUCGCCAACUAAGGGACCCUUUCCAGUGAUCAAGAGGUCACAUAUCAACCAGUGUCUCCAGAGGCAGUACAUGGCCAGUGCUUCCAAGACCACCACCUACAGAUAGUCGUGGUGUACAUAUAGCUUAUACCUGAUAUUGUACAAUUGAGAUGUACAUUGAUUUGUGGGCAUUUGAUGCAGACCUUUUCAAAUGUAUUAAAGACAAGCUUACUUUUUCGUUGAGAUGACAGUAAUGAGGACCACUGACUGUAGAGUUGUGGUCACGUGAUGCUGAAAAAUGUAGAUCAGCUGUAGUCUUCUUCUCACUGUAGAGGUGUUCUGGCAUAUGGAUAGUUCUUCAACAUGCUUUACUAAUCAUAAUUCUCAACAGUUUUGUUUAGGCUCAUGCCUGUCAAACUCAAUGAGAUAAGAACUGUUGAUUCAAAUUGAUGAUGUUUCAAAAUCUCUUUUGGUGUAAAGAACAUACAAAGGACACAAACACUAUAUCUGAACACAUAGUUGGCUGCCCGCUUCAUUUAAAAAAUACUUGGAGACAUGUGCAACAAGAAUGCUGUACUUGAUGCACUGGUAGUUAGGGAAAUAGUACUGUAUUUGUCUAGUGAUUUCCUUUUUGACACAGACAUAUGUGCCAUAGCUAACAUCACUGUUCUAUGAGGUUGCCAAUGUAUGAAGGGCUGAACUCUUCCAUUCCAUGGUUUCAUCAGCUAAUACAGUGCAAUUGGUGAUAUGAAUGUCAACAAAUAACUUUUAAAGUCUGAUCUCUGACUUAAAAGAUUAGACUAUUGCAAGUUUUCUUAUUUUGCAAUAUGUCGAUUUGAUUCAUUUGUUUGCUUCAUGUACAUUUAAUUUGAUAGAAUUUAAUUAUUAUACUAUCUUAUGCUUUCUUCAUUUUCUUUUGUUCAACUUUAAAGAGGCAAACCGAAUUUGUUGGAAACAAAGUUGAAGAGAACGUACAAUGUCAAUAUUGAUUUGAUUCUCAUACAAUUAGCAAUUGGAAAGAAGCUGUAAGUUUUUUUGACAAGGAUUUUCUUUAAGGUCUAGUCUUAAGAUUUGAUAUCAUGGUUGUAUUACAUAAUCAAGAUGCAAAUGAAGUUUCUAUGGAGAGAUGCAUAUGCUUCUCUUCUGACGAUAGUUUAGAUUUUGUGACGAAAAAGUUGUGAUGUGUUUGGUGGAACCACACAUUAGUUAGUAUAUGCUGUGCUAGAAUAGAUUCUAUGCUUUGCGGUAAUGGAGCAUACUGUAUAAACCUGUACAUUUUGCUAUUGUUAAGCAGAUUUAUGAUACACCAAUUCAAUUACGAUGUACAUAUUUCUUGUACAUUCAUAGAUAUGCUAUUAUAUGUAUUCAGGUUGGCAACGAAAGAAAGAUAUAUUUACGCCUAGCGUUACUUCAGGAUUAAGUUUAGAUUUAUUGCAUUAAAGGCGAUGAUUGAGGUUGCAAUGGGGGUGGUGCAAAACGGUAAUUUUUGGAAUUGCAUUGUAGAUAAUCAUGAAUUCUACAUGUAGCUGCUGAACAAAUGACGAAGAGAAGAUUUCUGUUGUACAUGUGCUAAUUAAGAAGACCCUACUGCAAUCAGGAGAAAAAUUAUGUUGAAAUCAGUUGAAAUGGCAAUAAAAGCUAUAUUCUGAA